AUGCCCACAGCAGGCGGACUCUACUUCUGGACGCAUUACUUCGCAUCCGAGAAAUGGAAGAACCCACUCAGUUUCCUCGUCGGAUAUAGCAAUACCAUCGGCUUGAUCGGAGGCAUAUGCUCAAUUGACUGUCAGUCAGCCCAUUUCCAAACUUCAACCUCAGACUCCCCCAUAACUAAUCAACACCUCCCCAAAUCAGAUGGUUUCGCCAGCAUGCUCCUCUCAGUAAUCUCCCUCGCCCGCGACGGCAACUGGUCCGCCACACGACCAGUCAUCUACGGCACAUACGCAGCAACAGUCUUCGCACACGGCUUCAUCGCUAUCUUCUUCGGCCGGAUGAUGCCAAGAAUCCAAUCCGCCUGUAUCUUCCUCAACAUCGCUCUCGUGGUAGCAACCGUCAUCGCCCUACCCCUGGGCAAAGCAAAGAACAGCCCGCCAGUCAACUCGGGCUCGUAUGUCUUCGGCGAUGUAGAGAACCUCACUACCUGGCCCACCGGCUGGGCAUUUAUCAUGGCGUGGCUGUCGCCCAUCUGGACUAUUGGCGCGUUCGAUUCCUGCGUGCAUAUGAGCGAGGAGGCGACACAUGCUGCGCGCGCUGUUCCGCUGGGAAUUAUCUCUUCUGCUGGAUUGUGUGGUAUUCUUGGGUUUGUUUCGUUGGCGGUUAUUGCGUCUUCAAUGGAUAAGAAUAUUGAUGGGAUUUUGAAUUCAAAGUUCGGACAGCCGAUGACUCAGAUCUACUACGACGCCCUCGGCAAAAACGGAGCCAUGGGAUUCAUGGUCGUGGUGAUGAUUGUCCAAUUCUUCAUGGGACUGAGCAUUGUCCUAGCCGCCUCCCGCCAAAGCUGGGCCUUCUCUCGCGACGGCGCCCUCCCACUAUCCUCCUUCUUCCGCAAAGUAAGCCAGCGCAAGUUCAUGCGCUACCAGCCUGUCCGCAUGGUGUGCGGUAUAGUUGUCGCAUCGGUACUGAUCGGCCUCCUCUGUCUAAUCGACGAAGCCGCCUCCAGCGCCCUCUUCUCGCUCGCCGUAGCGGGUAACGACCUCGCAUGGCUAACGCCCAUCCUGGCGCGUCUAAUCUGGGGCGGUGAUAGCUUCAUUCCCGGUGAGUUCUAUACGGGGAGGUUCAGUAAGCCCAUUGGGUGGGUUGCGGUCAUCUAUAUGGUGUUCGUUAUUGUUCUUACUAUGAUUCCUACCGAGGGGCCGAAUCCGACGCGUGAGUUUGAUCUAUGCUAUUUUGUGACUGGUGCUUUUGCUGACUUGGUAUUUGAAGCUCAAACGAUGAAUUAUACCGUUGUUAUCAAUGGGAGUCUUUGGCUUGGGGCGGUGGUUUAUUAUUAUGUUCAUGCUAGGAAGACGUAUAGGGGUCCUCAGACUACUGUUAGUCCGGAGGAUGAGGGGAAGAAUCUGGAGCAGGAUUCUAGAUAG